GAUGGAUACCCAUUCUGGAAUUCUCUUGAAAAAAUGUGCUCAGUUUCGAGACGAAGGGCAAUUUGUCGACGUUCGUUUAAAAGUCGGUAAAGAAACUUUUCCCGCUCAUCGCAAUGUGCUCGCUUCGUACAGCGAUUACUUCUACGCCAUGUUUGCAGAUGGAAUGAAGGAAUCGAACCAGGAAGUGAUUGAGCUGAAAGAUGAAAGCCUUUCACCACACGUCUUCAAGGUCGUUAUGGACUGCAUCUACAGCGGAGAUCUUCAGAUCAAUGAGGAAAACGUGUUUGAAGUUCUUGCUGCCGCAGACUAUCUUCAAGUGAGAAAUGUCCUUCAACAAUGUUGUGAUUUCUUGUUGACUGAAAUUAUUCAGUCAGCUCGAUUCGAUAUACAAUUGUAUCGUCGCGUUUGGACAAUUACCGAUAAACACAGCCUUAGAGAAGUUAAGGAGGCCGCAGAUCACAAGAUGGCAUCCAUGUAUACAGAUGUUGGUGAAAGUGAAGAGUUCCUGUCGAAUAUCGACGCAGACCAACUACUCAGCCUUCUCGGUCGAGAUGACCUCAAUGCGCCUUCGGAGACAUUCGUCUUCAAAUCUGUGAUGCAGUGGAUUAAACACAAGAAGGAGGAGAGGAUGGAAGCCGCAUCUAAAGUCAUCGGAGCCGUUCGACUGAGUCUGGUGGACGUCAAGGCCGUAAUUGAAGAACUAGAAAAAGAAGAAAUGCAGCGAGAUCCUGAGAUCAACAAACAUUUACAAAUAGCAAUGAAGCGUCACUGCAUGCCUCACAAAUUUUCUGCAGAGGAAGUUAAACCGCGAUCGAUGAAAACGGUAAGAUGGUAAAUAUCCCACACAAAGGAAGACU